CAAGUUAAUCCGUCCUGAUCGUCGCAUACUAUCCCGCUAAUCCGAAUUCAAUAAAAUAGGAUAUGCCUAAACCUCCCAAACCGAAGACCAAGUCUGGAAAGACAGUAAAGAAGGGGGGUAAAAAGAAGAUAGCUGAUGCCCCUUUAUCCAAGAAGAAAAUAGAUGCUAAAAAAGUUAGAAAUAACCCAUUAUUUAUCAAGAGGCGAAAGGAUUUCCGUAUUGGCCAGGAUAUACAACCGAAAAGAGAUCUAACCAGGUUUGUAAGAUGGCCCAAGUAUGUUCAGCUUCAGCGCCAGAGAGUUGUCCUUUACAAACGUAUCAGAGUUCCUCCACCAGUUAAUCAGUUUUCACAAACUUUGGACAGGCAAACUGCACAACAAUUAUUUCGUUUAAUGGACAAAUACCGACCCGAGACUGCUCUGGCAAAGAAAAGACGAUUGAAGCAAAGAGCUGAACAGAAAGUUGCUAAGGGAGCUGAUGCCCCAACUAAACGCCCAGUAGUUGUACGAUCAGGUGUGAACACAGUAACAAGAAUGAUUGAGUCAAAAAAAGCUCAAUUGGUGGUUAUUGCCCAUGAUGUUGACCCUAUUGAAUUGGUGUUAUUUAUGCCUGCCUUGUGCCGUAAAAUGAAUGUUCCAUACUGUAUUGUAAAGGGCAAAUCCCGACUGGGACGAGUUGUACACAAAAAAACAGCAACAUGCUUGGCUAUUCCUUCAGUGAAUUCUGAAGACAAAUCAUCAUUAAGUAAAUUGGUUGAAGCUGUUCGAUCCAACUAUAAUGAAAGAUAUGAUGAGAUCCGUCGACAAUGGGGUGGUGGUGUACUCAGUAAGAGAUCUCAAGCCAAACAAGCUAGAAUUGAAAGAAUUAAAGCUAAAGAAUUGGCCCAGAGAAUGGGAUAAACUAUGUACACUAACGCAAAUUAAAAAAAAAAAGAGGAAAAGAAUGUUUCUUGUAUUCUU